AUGUCCACCAUAACCAACAAACCUGGCGUCUUCAAGGACACGGACAAAUCUGACAUGCUCAAGGGCAAACAUCCCGCCCGGGGUAAACAUACUGCUUCCCAGUCAGAUGACUCUGGCAACGUUGAGCAGGCUACCACCAAGACAACUCCGGUUUAUUUCUGGUAUCUCAACAACGCCAAAGACAACGUUCCCCGCUAUACUCAAAGUCUCAGCCGCUCGCGGGAUCCCGUCGGUACUGAGUCCGUUGUCAAUACCUUUGACGGACGUGCAAAAGUGCCUGAAGAGCACUUCAAUAACCGGUCCGGAAAAUACCGCGCCAUUGUCAAGCUUUUUAUCCUCUACGAUCAACAGCAGCAGCUGCUGAAGGACAAUGAAGCCGCAUGGCCCAUUGCUACCGGCUGGCUAGUUGCGAAGGAUCUAGUCGUCACGGCCGGCCACUGUGCCUUUGAUCAUUCCCACGGCCUCGGACGAGCCGUCAAAGUCAGGGCAUAUAUCGGAUACCAAGGCUAUCAAAACCUUACAAACGCCGAAGGUCGAUGGGGGAAGGCCAUCGCCACCAACCCCGAAUGGUGUGACAAACUUGGAGCCGAGCCCCGGGACAUUUCUUUCAUUAAGCUCGAGAGCCCAUUUUUGGACGUGGACAAUUGCUUUAAUUGGACACAGACACCCUUUGCCCAGAACAGUGCGGAUCUGGGAGUUGUGGGCUACCCAGGUGAUAUCAUGGAUGACGGAGAGAGAGGUGCGAGGAUGUAUGAGAUGUUUGCCAGAACUGAUUACAGGCUUGAGGACGCAGACGAACACAUGCUGCAGUACAAGAUUGACACGUAUGGAGGAAACUCGGGCUCUCCUGUCUUUAACAACAGGCGGUCGCUCGUUUCAAUAGGAGUUCACGUCCUAGGUGGCCAGUCGUACAACUCGGCAUCCGUGUUCGAUGGGCGAUGGGGAAAUCGCUUCUCGGCAUUACAGCUCGUCGCCAAUGACCUCUCCACAAAAGACGAUGUCCCUCAGACAGCUUCACAACCGGAUAAGGAGCAUAAAGACUGGCUUUAUCUCAUCAAUAAGGAAACUACUGAGGCAAAGGCCGACCUGGCAGAUCAGAUGCUGAGCAACAGCAAGCGCCAGGCCGCAAAAGUUGUCGCGCCAGUCUCGACUCAUAUGAUGAAUGCCACGCUCAGCGAGCUGUCCUUUGGCGCAGAAGUCGGCCCGGAAAUUAGUAUCCUCGCCGCUGCCGCCAUUGCCACAGCAGGCCGGCUGGCUGCCGAUUGCCGGACCGCAUCCCAAGCUGAGUCGCUGGCCAUGACUCGCCCGUACGACGGCACCAUCAGCCGCGCCGUCCUCGCUGAAGCCGCGCUGCAAUUUUACUAUGCUUCCGAUGGCGACACUCAGAAAGAGGCGGAACUCUUCAUGGGGCCCGUUGUGGCGGGCCUGGCGCCAUUUGUUCUCAAGGUCGCGCCGCGGCUCCUCAAAGGAAUACUGGAGCCCAGCCUCCGGGUUCUAGUCUCCCGCAUCGGUGGAUUCACGGCCCCUUCUACCACGGAUCUUGGGGAUAAUCGCAGGUCGCGUGACCAGGCGGAGCAAGAGACGGGAUUUGGGCGCAUGCUGGGGGCCAAGGAGCAGGAGUUCUUCGAUGCGCUGGUCAAUGCCGUCAAGGCAGAACCAGAAGCGAAUAUCAGUCCCUUCCUCCCCACGAUGACCACGAUUGGCGACUUCAUCGGCAGUGCCUUCAAGAAGGCCGGCCCCGUGCUCGCUGACGUGGCCAAAAUUGGCCUGCCGCUGCUUCUGGGGACUGAGACUGGAGGGCUCAACGCUCCCCCGCCGGCGCCGGCGCCGCCGACCUACCUUGAUCCCCUGGUCCACAGAGCCAUGAUGGCCGAGGCGUGCCUGCAAGCGUGCAUCGAGAGGCGUACCGAGCUUGAGCUGACGGAGAGCUUCUUCAAGAAGCUCUUGACCACCGUGAGAAAGGUCGGCCCCAAGCUUGUCAACGUGGCGCCGUAUGCGGCCAAGCUAGUUGGGCCGAUUGUGGCCGACAUUCUCCGCGAGGUCAAGGAGAAGAAGGAGGCGGAGGAGAAGAGGCAGGAGUUUCUCGACUUUAGCUGGGGCUAG